CGGCCAGAGCAGAGCAACGGAGAAAACCCCCCCACCCAGCGACGGCGCCGGCGAGCCCUCGCGACCAGGUUCGUCGUCUCCCCGCGACGCCACCGGCAGCGCCGGCCGCCACCAGUUUCGUGCCUACCCGUCUCCCUUGGCCGCGCUGGCGCGUCCACCGCCGUCGCUGUCGGCGAAUUUGAAUGCGUGGCCCGAGUCUUCUCCUUCGAGACCUUUGAACUUACGGUAGACAGAUCGCGUCCGCACUUUUCAGAGUGUUUGACCUGAUAACUAGAAGUAAAACAAGAAGAAUGAGGAUAGUCGGUCUGACUGGUGGAAUUGCAUCAGGGAAGAGUACAGUCUCCAACCAUUUCAAGGCCCAUGGUAUCCCUGUCGUUGAUGCCGACAUUGUUGCUCGUGAUGCAUUAAAGAAAGGGACUGGUGGAUGGAAAAAAGUUGUUGCUGCAUUUGGGGAGGAGAUUCUACAAGCUAAUGGAGAAGUUGAUAGGCCAAAGUUGGGCCAAAUUGUCUUUUCUGAUCCUGCAAAGCGUCAAGUUUUGAAUAGGCUGCUGUCUCCUUACAUAUCAUCUGGCAUCUUCCGAGAAAUUUUGAAACUUUGGUUGAAAGGACAUAAGGUUAUUGUCCUUGACAUCCCUUUAUUGUUUGAGGCAAAGAUGGAUAAGUGGACAAAGCCCAUUGUUGUUGUCUGGGUCGAUCCAGAAACUCAGCUUCAACGGCUUAUGGCAAGAGACAGAACAAACGAGGAAGAUGCUAGGAACAGGAUAAAUGCUCAGAUGCUGUUGGAUUUGAAAAGGUCUAAGGCAGACAUAGUAAUUGACAACACUGGAUCAUUAGAGGACUUAAAUGAGCAGUUCCGGAAGGCUCUGUUCCAAGUCACAAGGCCCUUGACAUGGACAGAAUUUGCACUUUCUAGACAAGGAGCUUUGUUGGCUCUUUUCUCGAUCACCAUCGGUGUUCUGGCAUUCAGAAAAGCAUCCUUGUAAAGGUGAUUGCUGUUCAAGCUACAAUACAAUGUCCAAUUCGUCAAUCGCUAUUUAAUAUCAGAAAUUUGUUGCAAA